AUGCAUGAGCCAACAACCUACAAUAUCACCCCCACAAAACUAAUCCCCAACUCCCCCAAACCACUUCUUCAUUACAAAAACGCCUUCGUCCGGGACGGCAAGCUCGACAUAGGACUUGCAUAUGAUACCUUUGUGAAGAACGGGUGGGAAGUACAAUGGGUCACACAAUACGCCCGGUGUCAACGGUCGCACUACCAUCCUAAAACCCACGAAGCGAUGGUUGUCGUAUCAGGACCGGGUCAAAUUCGCUGGGGUGUGGCAGAUCUCGACGAAGACGAAGAAAGACAUACUUACGGCGAUGCACGUGAAGAAGGUGGGUUUCUGUUGGAUGUUAAUGUCGGUGACCUAUUCGUUAUCCCGGCUGGUGUCGCGCAUAAGAAUUAUGACCCCUUUGCUUCACAUCCGCACGUCAACUGUCUGACUGGAAAUGCGCGGGGGAUCGAGUCCGAUGAUCCACGGGCCAUGGUACAGGGGUUAGAGAUGAAAGGGUUCAUGAUGAUGGGUGCUUAUCCGCAUGGAGAAAAUUGGAGUUGGGGAGAUGGUGGGGAUUCUCCGGACUUUGAUGCCGUUUGGAACGUGGAAAAUCCCCAGUUUGAUCCUUUUGUUGGGAGUGACGGGGGAAUUGGAAAGUAUUGGAAGUGA